CGAGUUCUGAGACUUAGGUGGGGAGCAUGUGAGAGGUGGGGGGUAAUGGACGAAUGGAAGCAGGAUUAUUCAGCUCAGCAGAGAGCCGCCGGAGGGACGCUGGAAAGAAGGAGACACUCGGAGACCCUCUGAGCAGUCGCUGGACAUUACUGACUCUGUGCUCCGGAGAGAGAACAAUCCAAAGAUGAACAGCAUCUUGUUCAACAAGCUGAGCAGCCAGGUCCUGUUUGAGGAGAAGGCCAAAGAGGUGGAAAUGAGCAGCAAAAAUUACCUGGAAGUCAUUGAUGGAGAACAUCCAGACCUGCUGUCCAGCAGCCCGAGCUUCAGAGACAAGCAGGAGAUGAGACAGAGCAGUCGACCUGGUGGAGGCAAAGUGCGACACAAGCGCCAGGCCCUUCAGGACAUGGCACGGCCCCUCAAACAGUGGCUCUACAAGCACAGAGACAACCCCUACCCCACCAAGACGGAGAAAAUCCUGCUGGCACUCGGCUCCCAGAUGACUCUGGUCCAGGUGUCCAACUGGUUUGCCAAUGCCAGGAGGCGACUGAAGAACACAGUGAGGCAGCCGGACCUGAGCUGGGCACUCAGGAUCAAACUCUACAACAAAUACGUUCAGGGCAAUGCAGAGAGGCUGAGUGUCAGCAGUGACGACGGCUGCUCUGAAGAUGGAGACAAUCCUCAGAGGACACAAGGUGGCCCUGAGGGGCUCAACAAACCCAUGUACCAGAGCGUCAUCAAGAAGGAGGGCUCCUCUAUGAGGACUACGUGUCUCCGCCCAAGUACAAGAGCAGCCUGCUGCAUCGCUACCUGA